CGCUUGCCCGCCGCGCAGACCCGGGCCAUGGCCCUCGCCGCGGCGGCGGCCGCCGCGGCCGCCGGGGUGAGCCAGGCGGCGGUGCUGGGCUUCCUGCACGAGCACGGCGGGAAGGUGCGCGACUCGGAGCUGCUGAGCCGCUUCAAGCCGCUGCUGGAUGCGGGCGACCCGCGCGGCCGCGCCGCCCGCAGGGACCGCUUCAAGCAGUUCGUCAACGACGUGGCCGUGGUGAAGGAGUUCGACGGCGUCAAGUUCGUGGUGCUGAAGAAGAAGCCGCGGCCCCGAGAGGGGCCAGAGCCCCUGCCCCCCUGCGUCGCCAGCACCGCCGAGCCACUGGCCCCGCCAUCCAAGCUCACGUCCCUCUCACGCGUGGAAACCAAUGUCUCGGGGGCCCCGUCCUGGGCCCAGCCCGUGGCCCCGUCCUUGGCCCCGGCGCAGCCGUCGGUGGAUGCACCCGAGGACCCGGCCCCGCCAUCGGAGCCCCAGGACAUCCCUGGGGCUCCGGCCUCUGAGCUCACUCAGCCGACAGGGGAGCCGUUGUUGAGCCCCUCGACCCAGCAGUCAGGGGGUCCGGUCGACCCCGGGCUUUCAGCCUUGGAGCUAGCCCGCCCCUCCGAGGGCCUCUCUGCGGACGUGGCUCCACCUUCCAGGGCACCGUCGGAGGCGGCCUUGCCCCGUGCAGAGCCGCCAGACCCGGGAUCCGGGCCUGGGGAGACCACGGGGCUGCUGCCAGCCCCCAGGCGCGCGCCUCCCCAGAAGCCCUGCAUGCUGCCGGUGCGCUGCGUCCCGGGACCCGCGGCGCUCCGGCUCCGAGCCGAAGAGCAGGGCCUGCGCCGGCAGCUGUCAGAGGAGCCGAGCCCCAGGAGCUCCCCCCCGCUGCUGCGGCGGCUCUCGGUGGAAGAGUCCGGCCUGGGCCUCGGCCUGGGCCCGGGCCGCUCCCCGCACCUGCGGCGCCUGUCGCGGGCCGGCCCGCGCCUGCUGAGCCCCGACACCGAGGAGCUGCCCGUUGCACCUCCGCCGUCUGCCGUGCCCCUGGAGCCGGCCGAGCACGAGUGGCUAGUGCGGGCGGCCAGUGGCCGCUGGACCCACCAGCUGCACGGGCUGCUGCUGCGCGACGGCGGCCUGGCCGCCAAGCGUGACUUCAUGUCUGGUUUCACUGCCCUGCAUUGGGCCGCCAAGAGCGGCGACCGCGAGAUGGCUCUGCAGCUGGUGGAGGUGGCGCGGCGUGGGGGCGCGCCAGUCAACCUGAACGCGCGCUCCCACGGCGGUUACACGCCGCUGCACCUGGCGGCUCUGCACGGCCACGAGGAUGCCGCGGUGCUGCUGGUGGGCCUGGGUGCACAGGUGCACGUGCGCGACCACAGCGGGCGGCGGGCCUACCAGUACCUGCCUCAGGGCGCCACCUACGCGCUGCGCCGUCUACUGGGCGACCCCAGCCUGCCAGGCUCUGCCGAACCCAACGCCUUCGGCGGGGGUAGUGGCAGCCUUGCGGCCCGGCGCCCAGUACAGGUGGCCGCCACCAUCCUAAGUUCCACUACCAGCGCGUUUCUGGGCGUCCUGGCCGACGACCUGAUGCUCCAGGACCUGGCUCGAGGCUUGAGGAAGUCGGGCUCGGGCUCCUUCACCAAGUUCUUGGGUGCCUCGCCCAUGGCUCCGCGUAAAAAGACGAAGAGUCGCAGUGGCGCGCCGGCCUUUUCAGAAAUCUCCCGGCGAUCCACUGCGGGCCCCUUCGCUGGGCUGAUGCCCAGCCUGCCCCCCACAGCCUGA